CCGCGUUUUACGUGGCUACCGCUGUGUGUGUUGCCGCGGUCUGUAAACUUUCUCAUUGCAGUCACUGUCGGCGUGAAAUUUGAUUUUUAUUACUUGACCUUGGUCGCUAUUACGCGUUUCCUGAGUAGUCUAAAUUAGAGCGCAUGUUACCGGCACGUUGUGAUCGGCUGAGUAGUGAUGCUUCUUGUUUCCAACUGGUUGUGCAGCUUUGUGUUAGGAAGCUGUUGACAAAACUCUGUACGGAUUUAUUUUGUGGUAAAAGUUAUGUUAGAGUUCGAAGAGGCUGCGACUAAAUAGGUACCUAUUCUAACGGCGCAAAGGUAACCAAAUCAUUCACUAUAUUGCCGUAAUAUCAAUUUAGGUGCUGUCGCUCUUGAACCGUUCCCUUUCAGAGCUUUUUGCCGAGAAUGGCGGGGCCGCGACCGUAUUCCCUCGGCUUAGACGAGCUACAGAGGCGUCUGUGCAAGCUUCAUGAGGAAAAAGACCUGAUAGUAACCUUGCUCGAUGACAUGCUGGUAAAGGUGGAUGGGAUGAUUGCCGACGGGCGUAAUCUGACUAACAUGAGUCAGUUUUUCAGUUAUUUUGGGGACGCAAGUAGCAUGAUGGAGCUCGUGUUUAUGAAGCUCUUCAAGGUUCAUGUGCUUCUCACUGAAGAUACUUAUGUUGAUUCUGAACAACACAGAGUGCCCCGUAUGGCUAUCACAUACAAAUCCCAUGACAACAGUGACCGGUACAGCAACUCCCAGCUGGCUGCACUGGAAGCACCAAAGGAUAGUCUCAGCUGCCUGCCAUCUGGUGUAAGUGUCAUAAAACACCAGUAUUUUUACUCAUCUUCAGCUUAUGUGCAUGAGUGGCGCUUAAGUAUAGAAGUGUAGUACUUUAUUGAUUGCAUAAAUUCAUGUCCUUCCCACAU